UGCGAGAUCUCUAUCUCGCUCCACAGAGAGGUUUUGCUACUCGCUCCGCGUGCCUCGACUCUCAUUGAGAGUCAGUCAGUCAGUCAGUCAGUCCGCCGGAGCGACGCGGUUCGCGCGCAUCGAUACGCAUCCGUGCUCCGUGCGUUUCGCAAGCAAGAGGCAAGAGUUCGCGCGCGCGCGCGCGUGCGUCUCGCUCACUCGUUCCUCCUCAUCCCUUCGCGCUCUCCCUCUUUCCCCUCUCUUUCUCUCUCUCUCUCUCUCUCUUCCCUUCUCCCCCCUCCCCCCCACCCGCUGUCUCUUUGCCCUUCUGUUUUACCGAUCGAGGGGGUAGACAACCGUGCGUUGAAAUCACCGCGGGAUCUCUCCGGCAUCUCUCCGCCGCCGCGCGCGCGAGGAGAGGAGACGCGCGAGAGAUCCGAGAGAUCGUAUCCCGCGUACGUGUGCGCGCGCGCGCGCGCGCGUCCCGUGAAAUCCGCCGAUUUCACGCGUCGGAUCGCCAACGGCACGCACGACGCCCCGGCACGUUGAACUGUUGUAGGGAGGCGGCCGGGAACUCGACGCACGUUGCGCCGCGCGAGUUAACCGCCAGUGCACGCACGACGGCUGCCAGGAAAGAGAGGGGGGCAGCGGUCUUCCUCACCGGUGUGCGUGCAACACCUGGCAGCAGCAGCAGCAGCGGCAGCAGCGGCAGCGGCGGCGACGGCGGCAGCGGCGGCUGCAGCGGCAGCGGCGCACGUCGCGGGUAAUUAUUAUGCGAUCGGCUGCGGCCACCCUGGCCGCGCUGGUGGCGGCGCUGGUUCUUGGUCUCCUGGACGUGCCUGCACUCGCCCGGCACCAGCACCGCUCCGAGAACCCCGGCCACAAGCCGUCCGGUGACAUCUCCCUCUGGAUCGACCAGCAGCAAAUCAAGAUGUUCAGCGGGCUGGCAAUGGAAAUAUAUGCGAUUUCGGAGGGCCAAGUGCUCCCUCUCCUUUUGGAUCCGGAGUUUGAGAGUAAACUGCCGAUGAUCCCGAGCGAGGUGUCGCACGUGAACUUCACGUGGAAGUCAGGAGUGAAAAAGUACUAUUACAACUUUUGUCUUUUAAAAUCGUACGACGAGAGCAUCUUGCAAACACCAUCCAUCACGAUUAAAACGCAAGGACGGGUACCUAAGAAACCGAAAGAGUUUAGCGUUCAGCUAAAUUGCGCCGGCAAAUCGGGCAUAGCGUACUUCGAGAUCAGGCUGGUGAUCGAGACCCGCAAGAGGAAAUCUCUGGAAGGGACGCCCCUCGGUCUCAAAUUGAGAAAAGAAUGCACCGUGCGCGAACCUAACUCUGGCCCCUGUCCAGAUGGUUAUCUAGGUCCCAAUUGUAAAACAGCACUUUGUUAUCCAAGCUGUAUGAAUGGCGGUAACUGCACGGCGCCAGGCGUGUGCUCGUGCGCGCCGGGAUUUCACGGCCCUUACUGCGAAGGAGGCUCCUGGUCCCUCAGCCGAGAACUCCGCGUUGACAGUGGCGACACAGUUAUGAAUGUUUCAGGUAUCUGCACGAGUCCAUGUUUGAAUGGAGGAAAGUGUGUUCGUAAGGAUGUCUGUUGGUGUUCGAGAGGCUUCUUCGGCUUGCGCUGUGAAUUUUGUAAGUACAGCCGAUGUGUCUUGCUAAUGUUGCACAUAAAAUGUAGAAAUAAUUUUUGUCCUAUUUUUAUCAUUUCAGCCAAAUGUGUUAUUCCUUGUCUCAAUGGAGGUAAAUGCAGGGGCAACAACAUCUGUAGGUGUUCGGAGGAAUACAAGGGCAAUCACUGUGAGAUCGCAAACACACAUAGAACGUCUCAACGUUCGACAUGUAGCAAGCAAACAUGUAAACAUGGAACCUGCCAACCGAACGACACGUGUCUCUGCGAAUCUGGCUGGCACGGAAAGUUAUGUCAUAAGAAAAACAAGAAAUGGGCUUAGGAAUUCUAAUAAAAUAUUUUCAACGUUAUUUCUCGUACGACAAUCGAAUCCUUAAAAAAAAAAAAAAAACGAUGUCGUCCUAAAAUCAGAUAAAACUACGACAGAUUGUGUGAUUCAUAAAAUAUAUAUCUUGAAUUGAGAAACGAAAGACUUAUGCGUAUUCGUAGAGAAAGAAUCUCGUGAUAUUAAAAUGAUUAAAAGAUUUGUGUAGUAUUCUUGUUUUUAUUUGAUGCGAAAAGGGGACAAAUAUUAAAGCGUUCAUAAGAUUCAGAUCCAAAUCUCGAUUGGUAGUUAAUGUGAUAUAAAAUUCGUAUUCGUAGUUUCUAAUUUACUUUGCUCCAGAUGUGAUAUGUAAAGAGCUGCUUUAUGUCAUUUUAUGACAUUACUAUAUUUAGAUAUACUUUUAUACUGUAGAUGUGACAAUUGUAAAAAAAUGAAAUAGGAAGAAAUUGUAUUUUCUGUAACAAUUUUAGAAAGUAUAACUAUGAAAAUAAUUCAAUACAUAGUGUGCCUGUGAUGGACCUUUUUGCCUUUAUGCUAUCUUUUUUUCUGUGUACAUCUUAGAAUAUAGAUAAAUAAAUGUGGUUUUAUUAGACGUUGUGAGAGGAAUAUAAACGUUGAAGUGAGUCCGACAAUAUUGCGUUUAUAUAUAUAUUAAAAAAAAAAAAAAUAGUGCGCACAAGCGCGCGCGCACACACACACAGAGUCUAAUUUCAAAGAUUUUUAAUUACAUAUGAAUAUAAGCAAUUACGUUGUAAUUACGUAAGCCAAAGUUCUAGUGAAAAAUUCUAAUUUAAUUAUAAAAUAACUGACUAAUGUAUUCUUUUAACAACUUUAAUAACAAAGAUUAUUGGACACAGAUGCUUCACACUUAUAUAUAAUAAGGAUUAAAAGAGAAUAAAAAACAAAAGAAAUUGUUAGCAAAUUAUUUUUUGCGUUCUGUGUUUUUUUCAAAAACACAAUCAAAAUGGUAAUGUAUUAAUGCUCCGUGUGCACACGUGGGUCUACGGCAUCUGCAAUAAAGUAACAUUUAUUCAUAAAA